CCUGGAUAAGCCUGGAUGUGCUGGUAGGCAAGGACGAGCUGAUAAAGAGACCGGCCAGAGACUGACGGCGUGUUGUUAUUUGAGGUCUUACGGUAUUUCUCUAUAAUGCAUCGGUUGAAAGAUAUGCAGUUAUCACAAACAGGUGUAUAGGCUGCUGAUACAGGUGAGCAAGGUGAGAGGUAGGUGUAGGGCAAGACACGCUCGAUACCAAAUGUUUCAAUGUACAGGUGAGUCUCGCCUCAGUCCGGUCGUUUUUUGGUCGUUGGUUUGUUGUUGUUUUAUAAUACUCCUAUUUUUAGAUGUUCACAGGUAACGUCCAGGUUUGUCGUUUUAGUUGCAACGUGUAACAAUCACUGACCCACUUACAAUCACUGAACCACUUACAAUCACUGACCCACUUACAAUCACUGAACCACUUACAAUCACUGACCCACUUACUAUCACUGAACCACUUACAAUCACUGACCCACUUACUAUCACUGACCCACUUACAAUCACUGACCCACUUACAAUCACGGAACCACUUACAAUCACUGAACCACUUACAAUCACUGACCCACUUACUAUCACUGACCCACUUACAAUCACUGGCCCACUUACAAUCACGGAACCACUUACAAUCACUGAACCACUUACAAUCACUGACCCACUUACUAUCACUGAACCACUUACAAUCACUGACCCACUUACUAUCACUGACCCACUUACAAUCACUGACCCACUUACAAUCACGGAACCACUUACAAUCACUGAACCACUUACAAUCACUGACCCACUUACUAUCACUGACCCACUUACAAUCACUGGCCCACUUACAAUCACGGAACCACUUACAAUCACUGAACCACUUACAAUCACUGACCCACUUACUAUCACUGACCCACUUACAAUCACUGGGCCACUUACAAUCACGGAACCACUUACAAUCACUGAACCACUUACAAUCACUGACCCACUUACUAUCACUGACCCACUUAUAUCAUGAGCUGUACAUUUCGCAGCCACACAACCUGUGUUCAUGUUCAUGCUCAGUUCACACGAUCAAAACUUUCGUCAAAGUUUCGUCAAAUUACUUUUUGAACGCAACAUUUUGUGUUACAGCAUAGUGCGUUCAAACAAACACAAAAAUCGGCCGACAAUUUGACGACAAUUUGAUCGAGUGAACUGAGCAUGCGUCGCGACACCCCUUAAUCGAAAACAUGUCAGCUGCGACCCGAUACAUUAAAAUAAAAUUUAAAAAUGUGAACCGUUAAAGUAAACAACACACCCACAGAAUAGGCGCCUUAAAAUAAAAACAGUCAAGAACGUAUUGUGAACUUACUUCAACAUGUAUUCAAGGAAACACCGCUUAUGAUUGAACAAUUCUUUAAAAAAAUUUUUUUUUGUUUUUGUUAUUUUAAAUAUAUUUUCUUUGUUUGAGUAUCGUUUCAGUCGGCGACCCUCCGCGACCCCUGGGGUCUAAGCUACAGCGUCGCCGUGAGCACGCUAAAGUAGCAUGGGGACGUGCGCUGCACAAACAUUCAAUUCGAUUCAAAGCCAAAAACGAAAUCAAUAAUAAUACAUGGGGGGCAUGAAAAAUUGAAAGACAGUUUAACUUAUUUAAAUAAUAUAAUUUAAGUUCCCCUCCUCGGCUUAUGAUAAAUUUUUUUUUAAUUAGUUUAUAGAUUUUUCAAAUGAAUUUAUUGAUUGAUUGGUAUCCAAGACACAUCCAAUAGGCCUGCAGUCUGCAUGUAUAAAUCUCAUCUCCCAUCCCAUCAGCUGAACUCCAUCUUCGAUGACUGCGUGGUCCGAUGAUGAGUUCGGCCGUCUGGCUGUCCAGUCAGUGUUUACGCGACACAAGCCAGCAGACGGGCAGCGAUGAGGGUCGGCUGCGGAUGGUGUCGUGUCUGUGGCCCUGGUAGGUCAAAGGUCACAGGCGGCGCGUGCCUGUUAUCUUUCAUGGUGGCCGGGUUUUGGAUUAUAUCGACGCUUCGCUCGCAGGUAAAACUUAUCAGAUAACAGUAAAACUUAUCAGGUAACAGUAAAACUUAUCAGGUAACAGUAAAACUUAUCAGGCAACAGUUAAAAUUAUCAAAUAAUAGUCAAAGGUAUGAUAAUGAUAUUAUUAUUAACCGGUUGCAGUAUUUUUAAUGAUUUUUUUUUCUCCUUACAUCGGCUCCGUGUAUUUUGAGAAAUAAGCCUAAAGUAGACUGUCCUAAACCCUACCUGCCGGCCUUUAAACAAUAGUACUACGGAAAGUAUAUUAAAGCAUUAAGUCUGGUUGUUCUUUCAAUCGGAUCUUUUCCAUUCAAUUUGUGUCAAGUAAACAUCGAAUGCUGUACUGUAUCGGAUCUCGUCUCAUUUUGAUUUUUUAGGACGGGACGUAAGCAGCUCAUAUCGUCCAGUAAAGAUAUUCCCAGUAGCCUCCCCUUUUCUUUCUUUUUCUCUGACGAAGCCAAAUAGUUGCGUGAAAAAAUCCACCGUCCCAAAUAAAGGGCAUAUUUCCCCCAUCCCCAAAAAGGUCACAUUUUUUUCUCCACCGUCCGAUAUAAAGGGUACAUUUGUCUCCACUGUUCCAGAUAAAGGUCACAUUUUUCUCUACCGUCCCAAAUAUAGGGCACAUUUUUAUCCAACGUCCCAAAUGAAGGGCAUAUUUCCCCCAUCCCAAAUAAAGGGCGUAUUUUUUCUCCCCCAUCCAAAAUAAAGGGCAUAUUUCUCGAGACUUCAAAAACAUUCCGAGGGCCUGUAUGUAUCCACCCUUCCCAUCCAUAUAAAAAUUCAAUUAAUUUUAAGUCCAUUAUUUUUAAUGCCUUGUUUAUAUGUUAUAAACAGGGGGAAUACCGAGAAUGGACGCCAAGGUCACUGCCGACACGUGACCCGAGUGUAAAACAUUUCAUCUACGGACGAGACUCCGACGUGUACCUAUACUCGGCAAUAGCCAAUGAUCCUUCUCGGCGAGGCAACAGCUCGGCCACCAAAGAUCAGCCAAUCAGGGACCAGCUCGACAUUGUCGUGACGACGCUGGACAAAGCUCGAGUCUCCUACGAGUGCUGCGUCCUCUACGGUGAUCUCAAGCGGGUUUACGUCACGCCGGCGAGGGUCUACUUCCGCUACUAUCCGACAAAAUACUCCGUCGGGGCGCAACUGAAAGAGUACUUCCACCCGACGGUGUACGUGGCACGGCAGUUCAGCUGUUCGGUGCCAGUUUUAAAAGGGGCGCCCCUGCCCGCAAAAAUUACGCUGACUUCUUCGUCUCAGUGUUCCUCCGAUGUGAACGAUUAUCUGGAGGUGCUGUAUCCCCCGCGCCACCCGGGGGGCCUGGCCGUGUGCGCUAAGAUCGCCCACAGUGGCGGGCUCGACCCGGGCAAGGUGAUCGAAUGGUUCGAGAUGCAACGCCUUUUAGGGGUCGACAAAAUACUCAUUUACGACCUGGGGAACCAGGAAUCUAUCAACACAGUCUUCAGGUAUUACAGGAAAUUGGGUAUUUUGGACGUUCAGCCGUACGAGCUUCCAGGCACGCCGAAAGACAGAUCUCUGAAGGAGGGGUUCAAGCGAACUCCCCAGUUUGUGCAGGAUGAGACCAUGGCAGUGCUGGAGUGCCGCCACAGAAUGGGGGGCUACUCGUAUGUCUUGAGCCAUGACCUGGACGAGAUGGUUAUCCCAAGGGAGAACAUAUCGAUCAAGACAUUGUUAGAGGUGAGUGAACGCUGGAUCGGAAUUGUUAUUUAACACCCCACCCCCCCACUUUUUUUUUCUUGCCCCUUGAAUUAGUAGUGCCUCUAAACAAACAUUUGAUAUUUUUCAUACUGCACAUAAUGCACUGCUAAAAUAAGGGAGAACAUAUCGAUCAAGACAUUGUUAGAGGUGAGUGAACGCUGGAUCGGAAUUGUUAUUUAACACCCCCCCCCCCACUUUUUUUUUCUUGCCCCUUGAAUUAGUAGGGCCUCUAAACAAACAUUUGAUAUUUUUCAUAGUGCACAUAAUGCACUGCUAAAAUGACACAAUGCUGUGACACAUUGAGUUAGUCAUCUCUACAGGCGACUUAAGGUAUACGUACUACAGUGUGCGUUAGUACCGCUUAUAAAUAUACAAGAUUUGCAUUGCAUCUGAUUCUGUCUUGCCCUCAGGAGAGUCUCGCUCUGUAUCCCAAUGCUGCAGGCUUUUACUUCUUUACCGAGUUCUUCAUCCUCACCUGGGGACCAACUCACCCGGACGAGCGUCUGAUGGUCAAACGUUACAGGUAUGAUACCAUCAAUAGAUCAGGUAGAUUAUCAUCAAUAGAGGAGGUUGUCAGUUAGUGACGUACGAUAACAUUACAGGUACAGUGACGUACGAUAACAUUACAGUGAAAGUGACGUACCUUAACUUUACAGGUACAGUGACGUACGAUAACAUUACAGUGAAAGUGACGUACCUUAACUUUACAGGUACAGUGACGUACGAUAAAAUUGCUCGUUAUAGAAAAAGGAAGGUCACCGUAAGACUGUUAGACUUAUUUGGCAAGUCUGAGAUGUCAAAAUCUCGGUGACUCGCUGGUAUCAGGGGAGAGACAAUGGCAAAGCCGGGGGCGGGGGGGGGGGGAAGGAGCGCAAUCAUGGUAAUCAAUGUUAGUCACCUGUGCAUACCGCCGUGUUUGUUGAUCUCACUCAUUAAAGGACUUGUGUAUUUGAAAACCUGACCAAAAAUCUACCUUCUCUCUUCUCUUUAAAAUGAUGUUCCUGUCUUUGUCUAUUCGGAAGUCGUAUGACGUCAUCAGUUUUUAUAUUCACAAUUUCCUCAGUUUGAUGACGUGGUCACGUGUUCAAAUGUUAUGUUUUGCUCUGAAAGUAGACGUUGUAGCAGAACACAACACAACACUGUUUCACUGCAGGGUAACGUCAUAGGAUCAAUUAGCUUUGUUGUUCCCCAUUAUUCUAGCCAAGAGAUGUGAUUUUUAAACAAAAAGACCUGAACGAGGUUCCAGUCUUCACACGACCACUGGUUCAUAGAGCCGAUGUCAACACACACACAGAGCUGAUGUCAACACACAGAGCCGAUGUCAACACACAGAGCCGAUGUCAACACAUAGAGCCGAUGUCAACACACAGAGCCGAUAACAACAUACAGAGCCGAUGUUAACACACAAAGCUGAUGUCAACACACACGCAGAGCCGGUGUCGAUACACAGAGCCGAUGUCAACACGCAGAGCCGAUGUCAACACACAGAGCCGAGGACAACACACAGAGCCGAUGUCAGCACACAAGAUGUCAACACAUAGAGCCGAUGUCAACACAUAGAGCCUAUAACAACACACAGAGCUGAUGUUAACACACAAAGCUGAUGUCAACACACACGCAGAGCCGGUGUCGAUACACAGAGCCGAUGUCAACACGCAGAGCCGAUGUCAACACACAGAGCCGAUGUCAAAACGCAGAGCCGAUGUCAACACGCAGAGCCGAUGUCAACACACAAAGCUGAUGUCAACACACACGCAGAGCCGGUGUCGAUACACAGAGCCGAUGUUAACACGCAGAGCCGAUGUCAACACACAGAGCUGAUGUUAACACACAAAGCUGAUGUCAGCACACACGCAGAGCCGGUGUCGAUACACAGAGCCGAUGUCAACACGCAGAGCCGAUGUCAACACACAGAGCCGAUGUCAACACACAAAGCUGAUGUCAGCACACACACAGAACCGGUGUCGAUACACGGUGUCGAUACACAGAGCCGAUGUCAACACGCAUAGCCGAAGUCAACACACAGAGCCGAAGUCAACACACAAAGCUGAUGUCAACACACACGCAGAGCCGGUGUCGAUACACGGGGCCGAUGUCAACACGCAGAGCCGAUGUCAACACACAGAGCCGAAGUCAACACACAGAGCCGAUGUCAACACACAAAGCUGAUGUCGACUAGCAGAGCUCACUUUGCUACUGACCGAAUUUGACAAAAUAUUGGGUUUGGCAACAAAAAUAGAUCAAUUGGUCAGCUCUUGACAGAGACAGGGACAGAGACAGAGACAGGGACUGACCUGAAAUAACCUUCAUAAAAUCGUGCAAAAAUAACUUAAGACUUUAGAUGAAAGGGGAAGCAACAAUGACCAUAUUUAUUUCUUUUUGUUUGCCACUCACUUAUCAUGGCUUAUUUCCCUUCGUGGACACAUUUUCAUCCCUUAAUCGCCUAAAUGUAAGGGAGACGAUUGCAUGGGUUAGUUAGCUAUUAUUGUCCAAGUUUGCGGAUUGACCAAUGAAAUCGUUUAUAACAGGAAGACACGAGAGCCCAGGUGGGAGUGCUAUAAGUAUGUCUACGUCACUGACAGAGUCAUCUCGAUGCUGACCCAUGAAAUAUUUCCCAAAGACUCUUACACAACGUAGGUAUAGUGUACAUAAGGUGCAUUAGGUAUAGUAGUUAUGUAAAUUAUAGAAGGUAUAUAAGUUAUAGUAGGUAUAUAAAUUACAGUAGGUAUAGUAGGUAUAUAAGCUAUAGUUUGUAUAUAAAUUAUAGUAGGUAUAGUAGGUAUUUAAGCUAUAGUUUGUAAUAUAAAUUAUUGUAGGUAUAGUGUACAUAAGGUGUAUUAGGUAUAGUAGUUAUGUAAAUUAUAGAAGGUAUAUAAGUUAUAUUAGGUAUAUAAAUUAUAGUAGGUAUAGUAGGUAUAUAAGCUAUAGUUUGUAAUAUUAAUUAUAGUAGAUAUAGUAGGUAUAUAAACUAUAGUUUGUAAUAUAAAUCAUAGUAGGUAUAGUUGGUAUGUAAGCUAUAGUUUGUAUAUAAAUUAUAGUAGGUAUAGUAGGUAUUUAAGCUAUAGUUUGUAAUAUAAAUUAUAGUAGGUAUAGUAGGUAUAUAAGCUAUAGUUUGUAAUAUAAAUUAUUGUAGGUAUAGUGUACAUAAGGUGUAUUAGGUAUAGUAGUUAUGUAAAUUAUAGAAGGUAUAUAAGUUAUAGUAGGUAUAUAAAUUAUAGUAGGUAUAGUAGGUAUAUAAGCUAUAGUUUGUAUAUAAAUUAUAGUAGGUAUAGUAGGUAUUUAAGCUAUAGUUUGUAAUAUAAAUUAUAGUAGGUAUAGUAGGUAUAUAAGCUAUAGUUUGUAUAUAAAUUAUAGUAGGUAUAGUAGGUAUUUAAGCUAUAGUUUGUAAUAUAAAUUAUAGCAGGUAUAGUAGGUAUAUAAGCUAUAGUUUGUAAUAUACAUUAUUGUAGGUAUAGUAGGUAUUUAAGCUAUAGUUUGAAAUAUAAAUUAUUGUAGGUAUAGUAGGUAUAUAAGCUUUAGUUUGUAUAUAAAUUAUAGUAGGUAUAGUAGGUAUUUAAGCUAUAGUUUGUAAUAUAAUUUAUUGUAGGUAUAGUAGGUAUAUAAGCUAUAGUUUGUAUAUAAAUUAUAGUAGGUAUAGUAGGUAUAUAAACUAUAGUUUGUACUAUAAAUUAUAGUAGGUAUAGUAGGUAUAUAAGCUAUAGUUUGUAAUAUAAAUUAUUGUAGGUAUAGUGUACAUAAGGUGUAUUAGGUAUAGUAGUUAUGUAAAUUAUAGAAGGUAUAUAAGUUAUAGUAGGUAUAUAAAUUAUAGUAGGUAUAGUAGGUAUAUAAGCUAUAGUUUGUAAUAUAAAUGAUUGUAGGUAUGUAAGCUAUAGUUUGUAUAUAAAUUAUAGUAGGUAUAGUAGGUAUAUAAGCUAUAGUUUGUAAUAUAAAUUAUAGUAGAUAUAGUAGGUAUAUAAACUAUAGUUUGUAAUAUAAAUUAUAGUAGGUAUAGUAGGUAUUUAAGCUAUAGUUUGUAUAUAAAUUAUAGUAGGUAUAGUAGGUAUAUAAGCUAUAGUUUGUAAUAUAAAUUAUAGUAGGUAUAGUAGGUAUAUAAACUAUAGUUUGUAAUAUAAAUUAUAGUAGGUAUAUAAGCUAUAGUUUGUAAUAUAAAUUAUAGUAGGUAUAGUAUGUAUAUAAGCUAUAGUUUGUAAUAUAAAUUAUAGUAGGUAUAGUAGGUAUUUAAGCUAUAGUUUGUAAUAUAAAUUAUUGUAGGUAUGUAAGCUAUAGUUUGUAUAUAAAUUAUAGUAGGUAUAGUAGGUAUAUAAGCUAUAGUUUGUAAUAUAAAUUAUAGUAGAUAUAGUAGGUAUAUAAACUAUAGUUUGUAAUAUAAAUUAUAGUAGGUAUAGUUGGUAUGUAAGCUAUAGUUUGUAUAUAAAUUAUAGUAGGUAUAGUAUGUAUAUAAGCUAUAGUUUGUAAUAUAAAUUAUAGUAGGUAUAGUUGGUAUUUAAGCUAUAGUUUGUAUAUAAAUUAUAGUAGGUAUGUAAGUUAUAGUAGUUAUAAAAAUUAUUCUAAACAUAAUAUAAAUGAUAGUAGGUAUAUAAGUUAUAGUAGGUAUAUACAUUAUAGUAAGUAUAAUAAGUAUCUAAGUUAUAGCAUGUAUAGUAGGUAUAUAGGUUAUAGUAAGUCUAAUAAGUAUCUAAGUUAUAGCAUGUAUAGUAGGUAUAUAGGUUAUAGUAAGUCUAAUAAGUAUCUAAGUUAGAGCAUGUAUAGUAGGUAUAUAGGUUAUAGUAAGUCUAAUAAGUAUCUAAGUUAUAGCAUGUAUAGUAGGUAUAUAGGUUAUAGUAGGUAUAUUAAAUAUAGUAGGCAAUCGUGUGUAUAGUAGGUAUAUCAGGUAAAGCCGGUAUAUUAAGUUUAUUAGGAAAAGUACGUAUAAGUAUAUACAUAUAAGGUAUAUUUGUUAUAGUAGGUAUAGAAGAUAUAGUAGGCAUAUCGGGUAAAUUCAUUGUAUUAGCAAUAGUAAGAUAAAAAAAUACGUUAUAGUAGAUAAAUAUCAUAUAUAGUAGGUAAAUAUCAUAUAUAGUAGUUAAAUAUCAUAUAUAGUAGGUAAAUAUCAUAUAUAGUAGGUAAAUAUCAUAUAUAGUAGGUAAAUAUCAUAUAAAGUAUGUAAAUAUCAUAUAGAGCAGGUAAAUAUCAUAUAGAGUAGGUAAAUAUCGUAUAGAGCAGGUAAAUAUCAUAUAUAGUAGGUGAAUAUCAUAUAUAGUAGGUAAAUAUCAUAUACAGUAGGUAAAUAUCAUAUAUAGUAGGUAAAUAUCAUAUAUAGUAGGUAAAUAUCAUAUAGAGCAGGUAAAUAUCAUAUAUAGUUGGUAAAUAUCAUAUAUAGUAGGUAAAUAUCAUAUAGAGCAGUAAAUAUCAUAUAUAGUAGGUAAAUAUCAUAUAUAGUAGAUAAAUAUCAUAUAUAGUAGGUAAAUAUCAUAUAGAGCAGGUAAAUAUCAUAUAGAGCAGGUAUAGAAACAAAAUGGUCUGCAUUUUGCCGUUCGUUGUUGAAAGUACGUACACCUCAGUUAUCGCUGUGACGUAGUCAAAAUGGCGGGUGUCGGCUUUGCUUUGAAAAUACUUUCUAUGGACGUGUUAAUAAAUGUGACAAAAUCCUGUUGUGCCCUUGAUUUAACAUUCAAGUUUACAUAUAAAAAAAUAACACCCUAUCUAAAAGUGAUAAGAUUAACUUAACAAAAAAAUAUUGUCAAGACUGGCGUACAUGUCAAUUGUGUUUUAAGGAAGAAAAAAGAAACACGAGAUUUUCUUAUGUUUAUCAAUAACAAAAGUUUUACUUUAGAGAAACUCAUAUUUAUCAAUAACAAAAGUUUUACUUUAGAGAAACUCAUAUUUAUCAAUAACAAAAGUUUUACUUUAGAGAAACUCAUAUUUAUCAAUAACAAAAGUUUUACUUUAGAGAAACUCAUAUUUAUCAAUAACUAAAUUUGGAUAGCAUAGAAACUCAUAUUUAUCAAUAACCAAUUUGGGUAUUAUAGAAAUUCAUAUUUAUCAAUAACUAAAGUUGUUGAUCAUAGAAACUCAUAUUUGCUGCUACCGCUGCUAGUGCUACUCUGUCAUUCACAUCGUGCACCGUUGUGUAAGAUCUUUGUUAAGUUGAGUUUUUUUUUAGCAACAUUUGUAUGCCGGUGGUGAGCAGACAUGGUAGGUUAUAUACAUUGGCGUGGGAGUUGAUGCUGAUUAUUCAACGGUUAUUAUUUUAAAAAAUUCCUUGGCCAUGCCAUUACAUCAACAGUAUCAACAGUAUAAACAGUUUCAACAGUAUCAACAGUGUCAACAGUUUCAGAGUUGAACCUUCAAUCUGUGUUGACGAAUAUUUACAAACAAUGUUUAAUUCCUCUUUCAGGGAGGUGCUGCCGCCUGAUGACGUCAUCUUACACCAUUACCGCCAGUGCCCCAGCGACACGUGGGGCACGUGCAGCGUGACCACGAGAAUCGAUGACGUCAUGGUCAGGUACAGAGACCUUGACGAGACGGUUCUCAAAGUGCGGAUGGCCACGGGAACGAAAUCGUGAACAAAAAUACACUAUUCCCAGGGCACGCUAAGACUCAUCAACACGGUCGCUGCCUGAAUGCAGGCGACACGCUGACCACAGGUCACUGCCUGCGCAUCUGUUUUGUCAUAGCUCCUAUCUACCUGAGUUUUAAUAAUCGAACUGUUCCUUUGGUGUAUGGGAUACCAUUCAACAUUAUCACCAGUAGGCAGCGCGUUCUAACCCAUGAAAUGCACAUUAUUGGUUACUUCAUUAUCUCACUUCAUUAUCUCACUUCAUUAUCUCACUGCAUUAUCUCACUGCAUUAUCUCACUUCAUUAUCUCACUUCAUUAUCUCACUUCAUUAUCUCACUUCAUUAUCUCACUUCAUUAUCUCACUUCAUUAUCGCACUUCAUUAUCGCACUUCAUUAUCGCACUUCAUUA